CACCCCGCACUUGAUUCGUCAAAGGUUGCAAUCACUUACUCGACGCAAUAGGACACAAGCAAGCGCGGACAGUAUCGAGUGAGGCAAGCACGUCAAGCACGUGCCUGCCUCUGCGCUAGAGGCUGCGCCGCUGCACACUACGCUCGACCGCUGUCCGAGGCUGCGGAACGGAGCAAAGAACCGCGUGACCACCUUUGUCCGAGGAGCUGAGCCUGGGUAGCUGACCGAGCGUGCCCAAGAGCGCCCUCGCCUGUUCAUACGGUUCGAUAAAGCUUCGUACCAACCAACCUCAACAGUCAUACGCCUAGCACAACGCUGGGGAACGCUCGUUGGGCUUAUCGCGCAGUCAUGUCCACGCCGAACACCAACGCAAAGUCAGCUGAGGACCAGAAGCAAGAAGCUUAUCAAAGCAGAGCCAGAAGAGCAUCGCUAUCUACAGUCAGCCAUGACGAUGUAGGCUUUGCGUUCGCUCACAAUCACUAUCAAUCGCCCAAAGCGACUCGUAAGCCGGCCCUAGAGCCACUCAAGGAGCAGACGAUCGCCCGUACCGACUCCGGUCGAGGGAAGAGUCGCUCUUCAUCGUUCUCUUAUCCUACUGGACCAGGCUCGGACGAUCAUCAUCUGCCGCGUGACGCACUCGAGACUGACUGCCGUUUCAAGCUCUUGCACGGCCCAAUCGAUCACCCCACCACGCCCCAGCCGCAGCCUCAUCAUCAGCGACCUCACCACCAUCCUGGCGGACAUCAUCACUCGCAUACCCUUUCGCAUCCGCCCGAGAUCCGCUUGACCGACCUGGACAAGACGACGGCGGAACCGGCUGACAGGCCCGCGGGCAUGCUGGCCACCCUGCUCUCCAUGGGCGGACUAAUCUCGCCGAGCAUCAAGACCUCUCCCCUACCUGUCGAUGCAAUCGACGCGCCUGCCACGCCCCGACAGCUGUCAGUGCCGAAUGCUGCAUUGUCCGCGCCAUCAGCUUCACAAGCUCCAGAGCUCACUCCUGCCGGCUCACCUAUGUCGACGGCAUCAUACGCAUCAGAAGCGCGCACGCCGCUGUCUACCUCUCCUCUGUUCAAGCAUCUCUCGCUGCGCGACCGUGAUGCCGGCUUUCCCGGUUUUGAGCUUUGGAAGUCACGACUCGAGGCAGCAGAGGAAGGCGAUGGUGUGGCAGAUCUCAAGCCUACGUCGCCAGAUGAGCUACGUCACAAUCGUCGAAGCUCAUGGGGCUACAGUCUCAACAACUCUGUUCCGGACCAUUUCUCCUUGCAGAGUCCGCCCCUCGCAUCGCCGGCUGUAGAUUCAUCUGUCGGCGGGGGCGCAUUGGGUCUCUUUAGAUCACUCAGUCUGACGAAAUCCGGACCGGUCAAGCUGCCUCAAGUUCAAACUGCUGCUCAGCCUGCUCCCCCUGUGCCUAUCGCCGAACCGGAGACUAGCCCGAGCGAGCGUCCUGGUCGCCCAGCCGCUCGUCGCAAAAGCGUCCGAAAGCUUAGCCCAAUGGGCGAGCGAAUGAUACGCUCUCAUCAAUUCUAGGAUGUAACGCAGAAUGUCUGGGCUAAAGCUAUCAAGAAUAAGAACACGAUCAUGUUGUACGAUGUAUUGCAACUCUACAAUCCGACGGAC